AUUUUACCACAAUUAAAAAAACUCUCAGUGGACAAAAUAAAAGAUUCCAUCCCAGUGAAAGCUAUGGAGAAGAGAUCGGUGGUUGUCAGAGGGAGCCCCUCAGCUUUGGCCAGAAUGGAGCAGCCAAAGGGGGUUGAUUGGACUGUCAUCAUCCUGACGUGCCAGUACAAGGACAGCGUCCAGGUCUUCCAGAGAGAGCUGGAAUUGCGGCAGAAGCGGGAGCAGAUCCCUCCCAGGACGCUGUUACUGGCCGUGGAGGACCCUGAGACGCGUGUGGGCAGUGGAGGAGCCACCCUCAAUGCCCUGCUGGUGGCUGCUGAACACCUGAGUGCCCGGGCGGGCUUCACUGUGGUCACGUCUGAUGUCCUGCACUCGGCCUGGAUCCUCAUCCUGCACAUGGGCCGAGAUUUCCCCUUCGAUGACUGUGGCCGGGCCUUCACCUGCCUCCCUGUGGAGAACCCCCAGGCCCCCGUGGAGGCCGUGGUCUGCAACCUCGACUGCUUGCUGGACAUCAUGAGCCAUCGGCUGGGCCCAGGCUCCCCACCAGGUGUGUGGGUUUGUAGCACCGACAUGCUGCUGUCUGUUCCUCCAAACCCAGGGAUCAGCUGGGAUGGCUUCCGGGGAGCCAGAGUGAUUGCCCUUCCGGGGAGCACAGUCUACGCCCAGAACCAUGGCGUCUACCUUACUGACUCCCAGGGCUUCGUUUUGGACAUUUACUACCAGGGCACUGAGGCAGAGAUACAACGGUGUGCCAGGCCUGAUGGGCGGGUGCCACUGGUCUCUGGGGUUGCCUUCUUUUCUGUGGAAACGGCUGAACACCUCCUAGCCACCCAUGUGAGCCCUCCCCUGGAUGCCUGUACCUACAUGGGCUUGGACUCUGGAGCCCGGCCUGUCCAGCUGUCUCUAUUUUUCGACAUCUUGCUCUGCAUGGCUCGGAAUGUGAACAGGGAGGACUUCCUGGAGGGCCGGCCCCCAGAGAUGGGGCAAGGAGGAGCAGAUGUUGCGGGUUAUCUGCAGGGCGCCCGGGCCAAGCUGUGGAGGGAACUUCGAGAUCAGCCCCUCACCAUGGCAUAUGUCCCCGAUGGCAGCUACAGCUACAUGACCAACUCAGCCAGUGAGUUUCUGCGCAGCCUCACAUUCCCUGGGGCUCCCAGAGCCCACAUUGUGCACUCCCAGGUGGAGGAGCUGCAGCUCCUGGGCGCUGGAAGCUCCGUGGUCAGCUGCCUGCUGGAGGGCCCUGUCCAGCUGGGUCCUGGGAGUGUCCUGCAGCACUGCCACCUUCGGGGCCCCAUUCAAAUCGGCGCCGGCUGCUUUGUGAGUGGCCUGGACAUGGCCCAGUCUGAGGCACUGCACGGCUUGGAGCUGCAUGACCUCGUCCUGCGGGGACACCACGUGCGCCUGCAUGGCACCCCCAGCCGUGCCUUCACCCUUGUUGGCCGUCUGGACAGCUGGGAAAGACAGCGGACAGGAACGUAUCUCAACAUGUCCUGGAGUGAAUUCUUCCAGAAGACAGGCAUUCAAGACUGGGACCUGUGGGACCCAGACACGCCCCCUGCAGAGCGUUGUCUUCUCAGUGCCCGCCUCUUUCCUGUGCUUCACCCCUCGAGGGCCCUGGGGCCCCGGGAUAUGCUGUGGAUGCUGGACCCCCUGGAGAAUGGGGGUGAGGCCCUGCGGGCCUGGCGAGCCUCCUGGCGUCUGUCCUGGGAGCAGCUGCAGCCGUGCCUGGACCGAGCUGCCACGCUGGCCUCCCGCCGGGACCUGUUCUUCCGCCAGGCCCUGCGUAAGGCGCGGCAUGUGCUGGAGGCCCGGCAGGACCUCAGCCUGCGCCCGCUGAUCCAGGCUGCUGUCCAUGAGGGCUGUCCUGGGCCCCUGCUGGCCACGCUGGACCAGGUUGCAGCUGAUGCAGGAGACCCUGGUGUAGCAGCCCGGGCGCUGGCCUGUGUGGCAGAUGUCCUGGGCUGCAUGGCAGAGGGCCAAGGAGGCUUACGGAGUGGGCCAGCUGCCAACCCCGAGUGGAUGCGGCCCUUCUCAUACCUGGAGUGUGGAGACCUGGCGGGGGGUGUGGAGGCCCUCGCCCAGGAGCGGGACAAGUGGCUGAGUAGGCCAGCCUUGCUAGUGCGAGCUGCUCGCCAUUACGAGGGGGCUGGGCAGAUCCUGAUCCGCCAGGCUGUGAUGUCAGCCCAGCACUUUGUCUCCACGGAACCGGUGGAGCUGCCAGCACCUGGGCAGUGGGUGGUGGCUGAGUGCCCGGCGCGUGUGGAUUUCUCUGGGGGCUGGAGCGACACACCACCCCUCGCCUAUGAGCUUGGUGGGGCAGUGCUGGGCCUGGCUGUGCGAGUGGACGGUCGUCGGCCCAUUGGGGCCAGGGCACGCCGCAUCCUGGAGCCUGAACUGUGGCUGGCAUUGGGGCCUCAGCAGGACCAGAUGGCGAUGAAGAUAGUGUGCCGGAGCCUGGAUGAUCUGCAGGAUUACUGCCAGCCCCAUGCCCCAGGGGCCCUACUGAAGGUGGCCUUCAUCUGUGCGGGGAUCGUGGACGUCCGCUCCAAGCUCUCACUGAGUGAGCAGCUGCUGCGCACCUUUGGGGGUGGUUUUGAACUGCAUACUUGGUCUGAGCUGCCCCAUGGCUCCGGCCUCGGCACCAGCAGCAUCUUGGCAGGCGCUGCCCUGGCAGCCUUGCAGCGGGCCGCAGGCCGGGCAGUGGGCACAGAGGCCCUGAUCCAUGCAGUGCUGCACCUGGAGCAGCUGCUCACCACAGGAGGUGGCUGGCAGGACCAAGUGGGUGGCCUAAUACCUGGCAUCAAGGUGGGGCGCUCCCGGGCUCAGCUGCCACUGAAAGUGGAGGUGGAAGAGAUCACUGUGCCUGAGGGCUUUGUCCAGAAGCUCAAUGACCACCUGCUCCUGGUGUACACUGGCAAGACCCGCCUGGCACGGAAUCUGCUGCAGGAUGUGCUGAGGAGCUGGUAUGCCCGGCUGCCUGCUGUCGUGCAGAAUGCCCAUAGCCUGGUGCGGCAAACUGAGAAGUGCGCUGAAGCCUUCCGCCAAGGAAGCCUGCCUCUGCUGGGCCAGUGUCUGACCUCAUACUGGGAACAGAAAAAGCUCAUGGCUCCAGGCUGUGAGCCCCUGGCUGUGCGGCGUAUGAUGGAUAUCCUGGCCCCCCAUGUGCAUGGCCAGAGCCUGGCAGGGGCAGGCGGCGGGGGCUUUCUUUAUCUACUGACCAAGGAACCACAGCAAAAAGCGGCUCUGGAGGCCGUGCUGGCCAAGACUGAGGGCCUCGGGAACUACAGCGUCCACCUGGUAGAAGUGGACACUCAGGGCCUGAGCCUGCAGCUGCUGAAGAGUGAGACCUCAACCUGAUGCCCCUUCCCAUGAGGCUUGUCCCUCUGCAAGAGGAGAAAACCUGGAGCUACCGUAACCCCUCCCUUCCUUCCCCCAUGGGAGCACUCAGCCUCCUACUCCCUACACACCUCUUUGUGAAUCUGCUCCCAGAGGAAGCCAACCUGAGCUUGGGCCCAGUCCCUUCUAGAGCUUGGUGAAGCAGAGAUGGUGUUUGGGAACAGGACUGUGACCUCCUGGUUGGCAGUGGCCUAGGCUUGGCCUCUGCUCCAUCUGGACAUAAGGUUCUAAGCUCAGUGUCUCAUGUGGCCUUUACAAAUUCCAUGGCCCAGCUUGGGCCUUGGCCUUCUCACUCUCUACAAGGGCCUGGAAGAAGGGGAUGACAGCCUUAACAGAUGGCUGGGGUCCCUUGGUAAAGCCAAUCCCAAAAAGGCCCUUUGAGGCAUUUCUUGUGGCCUUCCUUAGAUGUCAGGCUUUUGCCUGAGUAGAGACUUCAUGCUCAACACUCACUCCCAGGCUGACUGGAUGGGGGAGUGGGAGCAGGGGGAGGGAUCUAUACCCAUGUGUGUGGCACUGAGCCAGUGUGGUCCUGCAGCAAGUCACUGCCAAACCAGGCCUUAACCAGCAACAUUAUGGACCGUGCCAUGUGACUCAGUGUCUGUGGGCAGUGGGUUCUUAGGAUUGCAACCUUCUUAGAAUAAAUCCACUCUGUCCUUCAA